AUGGGUUGGGCCAACUACCAUGCUCGCAUUCGCUUUACCGAUGAUGGCUCCGUUUGGCUCCUUCGAGUACCUCGAGUUGGCAGCGGUACCCCUCAACAGCUUGCCGACUACCUUAUUCGCAGCGAAUAUGCCACUCUUAAGUUUCUAGAGACAACCAACGUGCCUGCUCCCCGCGUUUUUGAUUAUGGCCUUGUGGGCGACAAGAACAACAAAAUCGGCGUCAGCUGUGUCCUUAUGGAGCAAAUGGCGGGGACCCCUUGGAAUCUGCAAGGGCCGCAUGGGAAGCGGUUCGCAGAUGAUAAAGAUAAGGAGAGGGUUUGGAAUGGCCUGGCGGACAUCCUGAUUGAGCUCAGACGCCAUCCAUUUUCGAAAGCCGGAUCUCUUCUAUCAGGCCCAUCGCCUUCAGAGCCAGUUAUCUCCGCCGUAGCCAGUGAACGAUUUCUCGUCCUGUCGCCCUCGGGGCCUUUUGAUACAGCCAGUGACUAUUACACUUCAUUUGUGGAGCAAAAUAUGGCUCUCAUUGCGGAUGGUCAGCUUUUCGCCUCUUUCCCUGUGAAUGCCUACCUGGUAUUUUCCUUCUUGAAAUCUCAGAUCCAUAUUCUUGCAGCAAACCCGUCCCGUGAACUGGAUGGGGCUGCCGAGGAAUUCUAUAUCAAGCAUGUGGACGACAAGGGGGAUCACCUGAUGGUGGACGACCAGCUGAAUAUCACUGGAGUGAUAGAUUGGCAAAUGGCUCGCGUGGUACCCGCUAGUGAGGCAUUUGGACCGUCUUUAGUGACAGCAGAAAUGGGUGACAUCUACAAUGGAGUCUCAUCCUUGACUAUUCAUGAUUAUGCAUUGGCUCGAUUCCUCCGAGAGAAGGGAGCAGAUGAUUUAGCUGAUAUUAUGAGCAGAGAUGAGAGACUUCGGAGAUUCUUUUUUGGACUUGAUGUUGACUUUCCUUGGGCUGAGACGCUCUCUCUGGUCCGUGGCAUCUGGGCUGCAUUUGGAGUCGAUAAGGAUACGGAUUGGGGAGCUUGGAAAGCAGAUAUGCUGGAACUAUACAGGGAUGAUGAACGUCUGAAGAGUGUCAUUGAUAGGUUUGGACAAGGACAUGACUAG